AUGUCGGGCGCGGCGAGAUGGACGGGAGGCGCGGCGGCGGCCGAGGAGGACAGAGCCAAGCUCGAGGACUUUGAACGACGCGUCGAUCCGAACGACAAGGAACAGAUGGACUUGCUGGAACAGAUGAAGCAACACACGGAGAAGUUAGAGAAGAUGCGCGAGUUUGAGGAUCCGCGGUUGUCGUUCACGACGCCGGAGUUCAAGGAGGCGCAGAGAAUUUUUCAAGAAAAUUUCAAGGCGAAAAAACUUUGGCAGACCGAUCGAGUAUGGGAUGGUGAAACGAUACCCGUGGAGCGUGCCGACGUUGAUGAAACUCGACGUGCCCGUCGACGUGGACGGGAAUCCUUGGCCGCUCGACGCCGAAGGGAAACCGAUUUUGAAGGAUGA